CAUAUACGUAUGUAUAUGGAAGACAAUACCAGUCAAACGAUGCGGAACACUAAACACAAUAUAUACAUUUAUUUGUUUCGUUUUCGAACUCUUCUAUAUAUUCGAAAGCUAGUUUUUAAUUCAGUGUAUCUCGAUCCGCCGACGACUGCGCACUGUUUGUCCCACGAUUCGAUCUACUUUACGAGAACUUCGAAACUAACACAGAUCAAGCUUACACGGCGAAGAGAGGACUCGGACAAUCGAGAUAAAGAGUUACGUUUAGGUCAAUCGAUAAUGAGCUUAAGGUGGAUUCACGAGAAUUUGGAAGCUCCGACCUGCGACGAGGAGUGCAGUGAUAUUGACGACAGUUGCAGCGACGACAGUUACGACACCGAUCUGUCACUUUGCAAGAAGGACGCUGCAACAAUUGAGGACGAGAAGAAGGGCUUGAACAGCGAUUCUCGUAAACAGAAACGAGAAACGAGGAAACAUCAGAAUACUAUAGUUACCUUCGAUGAAAACAGUCAACGAUCACAAUACGAGACAUCCAAGAUUAUGUACACCCUUUCACCCUACGUAAUAUGGGAUCCACGGCAACCAGCGGAAAACCCAAUUUAUAAUUCUCUCGUCAUAAAACUUUACUGUCGUACUGGUUAUCACCUCGCAAUCACAUCAACUGGCAAAGUUCGAGGCUUACCCGGAACGAACGAGACAUAUGCUCUUCUACACGUAACACCGGUCUCCUUUGGAGUUGUACGAAUACAGGGUGUCGAGACACAACUAUAUCUUGCAUUCAAUAAAAAGGGCUAUUUAUAUGGAGAGUCCAAUAUGAACAAGGACAAUACUGAAUGGGAACAAUGGUCUGUUGGAUCUUACGAUGCGUUUCGAUCACGCAAAUACGUAAAUUUUGGUUGGUGGAUCGGUAUAAAGAAAAACGGACGUACAAAAUCUGGUCCGAGAACGGUGUGGGGACAAAAAGCUAUACAAUUUUUAGCAAUAAGACAAGAUCAGCAAGAUUAACCACAUGAGACAAUAUUUCUUUUUUGUUUUUUUCUUUUAAUUAACUUCUACGCUUCGAAUUAAAUACGCAAAGGAAUUUUAGGAAAUCGAAAAAAAAAGAAAAGAAGAAGAAUAAGAAUAAGAAAGAUACGCUUCGCGUAAUCCAAUAGAAUAUAAUGUUUAUUAUAACACUGUGUUACUCAACAAUGGAAUAGUUUGAGAUUGUGCAUUUUGCUUGUGCCCUCGAACUGAAACUUUCUCGCAAGUCGCAGUUGUAAUUCGCGGUACGCUCGAUUAUUAACAUUCAUAAUUGUUACGCUGCAAACAUGGUGCAACAGGUCAAAGAUAUUCAUGAAAAUACGAUCGAGAUAUUCUACAUACUCUACUUGUAGCAGAGAAUCUAAACAUCGAUUUCUUACUUAUGCGAUAAUUUCGAUCGUAAUAUGUGUAUGUAUGUACGUACAAUAUGUAAUUACUUGUGUGUAUAAUGUGUACACAUGAGCACACAUCUGUGUAUAUGUAUAUUAUAUAAUAAUAUUUUAUAUAAUUGGUUUUAUCUUCUUUGUACAUCUACAUACAUUGCAUACAUAUGUUAUUAGAACUCUUAAGCAAAAGCUUAAAGUAUAAAAGGACGUUGUCUUAAUAAAAUCUUGUUAUUAUUAAUACAAACAGAUAAGAUUUGAAAAACCUAAUUGAAAUGGUGUGAUCAGGUAGAAUCUCUUAAGAUAACAUUUGUUAACAAUAAUAAAAAUAAGGCUUACAUUAUUCGAUUAUCUUAUAAAUUAUAGAAAAAAAUUUAAUAAGAUUCUUUGGUAAUCGAUGAUCAA